AUGGUUUACCCAUGGAGCCCAUUAGGUCCUCGCUGGCUCUCCAAGGAUGGCUCUCAUCAAAACUUUCAAGCAACAUCUUCAACCCUCGAGCAUACCAAUCACAUGCAGAACAUUCCUUUGGCUUCUCGGGUAUCCUCACUACCAUUUGGAGGAAGUGAAUAUGCAGAACGAAACAUUCCUCAGGCACCUUCAUUACCAUUUGCGGGACAUGAUCGUAUCACUUCCAUCUUCCCACGUUGGACGCAUAGACAUGCAAAGCCCGACCAGCAGACCUGGGAAAAUGCAACCGACACAAAGACAACUCGCAGCUCUGCAGGUCUUUGCCUUCAAGCUCCCCACUAUGAAACGAAGAGAACAAAAGUCAUGAUGGAUACAUGGGGUUAUAAAGAAGUGUCUUCCUUGGGUGAGCAGCCCUCCCUCCGAGAUGACCUUGUUCAACCUUUAGAUCCAAAACUUGCAGUCAUCAAAGACUCCUAUGAUCCUAACACAAUCGCGAGGGAUGUUUUGAUUGUUGCAAAUCAACAUCCCACCGAGAAUUGUCUUAAUCAUCAUCUGAUUGGCCUGCGCCGCAACAUCCCAGCGGUAAAAUACUCUUCAGAUCUUGAAUCAUUACGUUGGGAUAUGAUCGACCCCGAGACACCAACGUCUAGUGUGACGGCCAACUCUACCCCUCCUCGCUUGAGUAGUUCCAUGGAGCAGAAGGUCAAUAUCGAGACGCAUGUUUUGCCUGACAUCAUCCACUCCUUGUCCGGUUGA